AUGCCUAUUACAUCGGCCCAAAAGGCUGCCAUCGAAGAGGUGAUCACUCGGAUCACCUCAAUGCACUCAUCUGAGAGGAGAAAGUACCAACUCGCUGGAAUGUUCUUGGAAUUGGUGGACAGGAAGGAUUGGAGUGAAUACUACGAGAUUAUUCCUGAGCCUCGAUGCUUGAAUCAUAUCCGCUCGGGCGUGGAGAAGAACCGAUACAAGGAUGCGUUGGACGUUUACACGGAUCUGUCGCUUGUCUUCUGGAACGCGCUCUUCUACAAUGAACCGGAUAGCACUAUCGCCAAAGAUGCUGCAACCUUGAAGGCUACGCUGGAGUCCGAGUGGAAGAAACGGCCUGUACUGCCCUUGCCCCGCUCAUUUUCUCCACCUCCCUCGUCCGCGCAAAAGGUCCACAAAAUGGCGGUAGACUCACCCCCUUCGAAUCCAGCGCCACCAGCGCCAACUCGAGCGGAGGCAACUCGGAAAGCAGUAGCUUCAGAGACCCACAAAUCACCCCCUGCACCACCUACUCCCGCUGCAAUCGAAGGUUUAGACUCAUCGGAGAUGGAAGUUGACGUCGAAGGGAUGCAGGACGACAUGGACGUACAAGGUGGUGACUCCGAGGCUGGUCCAGAUACCGGUCGGAAUCCGGGCGAUGAUGAGAUUAUACGCCAGCUAGAGAAAGGGCUACCAAAAUGGCCUGGAGCCUCCGACAAAGGGUGGAUGCAUGAAGACAGGUACUCCGAGGUUGUACACGCUAUCAAGACCUACAAAGAUGUCAUUGGUAAUCGACUUGCUCUUGCACUGGAGAAUAUACCCGACGAUGCUGCCGUGGAAAAUCUAUCUUACACGGCACCUCUUUCCUUAAAGUUGAUUGAGUCGCGUGCUCGUCACAAGAACUAUGCUUCUUCAAAGGAGUUUGAUAUGGACAUGACCAAGCUUUUUGAAAAGGCGCGAAGAUGGCAUGAGCCCACCUCAGAACCUUAUGGGCGUACCCUCCUACUUCAGCGUCUCUAUCACGCCUUAACGUCUGCAAAACCGCCGCCUGGACCGCCCUAUUCUUCCACGAGUAACUUUGCCUUUAUGGCAGCUGGUCCGAGUUCUUCGAAGUCUGGCGGCGAGGGGGCCAACUUUUCGUCGCUCCGCAUGCUCGCUAAAGCCAAGACUGCUGUUGACGAACUCCAUUACAAAGGAUGGUCCGUCAAGCUAGGGGACUGGGUUCAUAUCAGCAAUCCAGAUGACCCGGCCCGUCCCAUCCCCGGACAAGUAUUCAAGUGCUGGACUUCUACAGACCCAGCCCGACUCGGCGAGCCAGGCAUAACUGUCGCGUGGUAUUUCCGCCCUGAACAAACUUUCCACCCAGCUAGUCGCACGUUCUUUGAGAACGAAGUGUUCAAAAGCAGCCAUUUUGGAGACCAUCCUUUGGAAGAUAUCAUUGAAAGAAUUGGUGUACAGUUUACAGCUCGUCAUAUCCGCGGCCGACCCCGCUCUCCUCACUGGUAUCCGGGUUGGCCAUUAUACGUCUGCGACUCUCGCUAUCAUGAUCAAGAACGAACAUUCGUAAGGAUCAAGAAUUGGAACUCGUGCAUCCCGGAGAUCCUACGGAAGAAUGCAGAUUACAUGCCUAUUUAUGAACUCGAGCGUGUAGUGUAUCCACCUCGGAUAUCGAGCCCCUUCGUGGUUAAAAGCGGCAAAGGUGCCGUGAAAGGCCCUGGUGGGAUUAUUGACGGUAACAACACGGUAGAGGCUGAUGUCUCGACGCUCGGCCGGAAAAGGACAAGGAGAGGAGGUCAAGAGAUAGGAACACCAACUCAACGCGCUUCGCCCGCACUUCCUGCGUAUGACCCCGCCACUGGUCCCUCAUCCUCGGUGGUUCCUGGAUAUGAGUAUCAGACAUCACAGCUUUCCCACCAUUUAAUCCCAGUCGUCAAGCGGCCUGACCGUACUAUCACGUCGGCGAUUGGAUCCAUUGCGGGCCAUCAGGUGCAAAGCGAAGAACUUCCUCCUGAAACAGCGCGCUACUUCGAUCGUGACCCCGAGACGAAUGAAGUGCUGUGGUUUGCUGCUCCGCCACUAGACAUAGCAAUACCGCCCGCACCGAAGCAUAGUAUGGAAUAUCUGCAUUUCCUGGCUAAGCGAAAGAAGGCACUAGCCGAUGAGAACUCGGCAACCCCUUCAAAGGCGAAGCGCACCAAGACUGUCCCACCGACGGUGACUGAGACUAUGCGGGAGGUCUAUAUGGAUGUUAUGCAUUCGUAG